UAUUUCAUUUUCUAUUAUUUAGACAAAAAGAAAAGGUAAAACUUAAACUUUAAAAAAUUAAAAAUAAUGACAAAUCUUGUGUGGAACAUUAAAAAUGGAGAACUAGAGCAAGUUAUGGAGGUCAUCAAAAUUAAACAAAUCGAUGUGAAUAGUCAAAUUGAUGGACGAUAUCCUCUACAUUUUGCUGCUGAUUUUGGACAGAAUGACGUGUUAUCGUUUUUGAUUGAGAAGGGAGCCAAAGUCGAUGUAGUCGAUAAACAUUCGAUUACACCACUUUUGGCUGCUAUAUGGGAAGGACAUACGAAAUGUGUUGAAACAUUAAUUAAGAAAGGAGCAUCAACAAAAGGUACAACUCCAGAUGGAGUUCCAUACAUUGAAGCGACAGAAAAGGAGGACAUAAAGGAACUUCUCAAGUAAAAUGAAAGAGGCGAAGAUUAAAAGAGACAAGCAUUGGAAAAUUAUUUUUAUUUUGAUUUAAUGGAAUAAAUUCACUGAAACUGA